CUCUCCUCCUCGCUCCUCAGAGGAUCGUUCUACCAGCUCCUCCUCUUCCUCCCCUCCUCCCGCUACCUCCUCGCUCUUCUCCUCGCUCAUCCACAGGCUGAUCGGCUAGAUCACUACACAAAAAGCCCUUGGGUCGCGGCUGGUGGACAUUGCUCUGUGAAGCACGAGGCAGAGUUCGUUUGAAUCCAGCGGGGAGCUUGCGGGUGGAUAUCAGUAGUUGACGAGCAGCGGAUUGAAGGAGAGAAAAUCUAACAGCCACGUUCUGCGAGGAUGAAGUGACCCGACCUUGAUCUUGACGGAGGUAGAUUCGUUUCGAGGAAAGAGCCUUCACCAUGGACGGAGCAGGAAGAGGUCGAGGUCGAGGAUUGACCACGCCCGCAUGGAUGCAAAAGCAGCCCACUAUGUCCCAGGAGCCUCCGCCCUCAGAUCAGACGCCACAGGAGGUGCAGACAUCAGCUGCUACGGAGGAGGAAGUUCCGUCAAACCCUAUGCAGGAAUCGCCUGCCCUUUCAUCGGGAACCUCCGGCCAAGAAUCGACACCAGGGACGCAAAGCUCGAUGGCAGGAGGUUCUAAGGCCAAUUCGACGCCCACAGGGCAGAUGGGCAUGCCGCCUACAUCUCGAGGGUCCAUGAUGCCAGGACAUGGCGGCAUGAAUCCGGGCAUGGGCAUGGGCAUGGGCAUGGGCAUGGGCAUGGGCGCGGGGAGGAUGGCGAUGGCGAAUGCCUUCGGAAUGGGCAUGAAGCAUCCCAUGGGCAUGGGGACACUGAGCGGCAUGGGCCCGAGCAUGCAGGCAAAGCAGCUGCUGGCCAUGUCUCAGACUGCGAUGCUGAUGGGAGUAAGGAAUGCCAUGCAGGGCUCGCGAGGUAUGAUGCCGCAACGUCCGGGUAUGCCUCCUGGUCCCAUGGGGGGCCCAGGUGGAGGACCAGGCGGAAUGAGGCCCGGGGGCAUGGGAGGACCCGGGGGCAUGGGAGGACCCGGGGGCAUGGGAGGACCCGGGGGCAUGGGAGGACCAGUUGGUGGGCCGGGAGGCAUGCGACCUGGAGGUAUGGGUCCAGGCGGGCCAGGCGGGCCAGGCAGCAUGGGACCUGGAGGUCCAGGUGGACCGGGCGGCAUGGGCCCUGGCGGCAUGGGAGGGCCGGGCGGCAUGGGAGGACCAGGCGGAGGGUCGGGUGGUAUGCAGGGAGCAGGAAUGCAGCCACCAGGUAUGCAGAGUCCCAUGUACGGUGGAAGGGGUCAGUCUCCGAUGGGAAUGCCGGCUCCACCUUACCCGGGCCCUCAACCGGGCCAUAUGCCGCCGGCCAUGCCCCCGCAGCAAGGAAUGCCUCCGAUGAAUCCUCCGAUGGGGCAGCCGCCGGGAAUGGUUCCGCCAGGUAUGCCGCCGAGCUUGCCUCAGAAUGGCAUGCACCACCCGCAGGCUAUGCAUCAGCCCAUGAUGCACCAUCCUCCUGCUCAGGCCCCCGUCCAGCACGGAGUCACGACUUCCUCCGGGGUUCAGAUGGGCCCUUGGACAGAGCACGUGGACAAGACGAGCGGAAAGACGUACUACUACAACUCCCUGACCAAACAGUCUGUCUGGACGAAACCGGCUGAGCUCAUGACCCCGGAGGAGAAGGCAGGAAAGUCUGCGAGCGUUUGGAAGGAGUAUCAGACCCCGGAAGGGAAGAAGUACUACCACAACACCGUCACCAACACCACUCAGUGGACCCGCCCUCCCGAGCUCGACGACGGUGAUGAGGGAGCAUCGGGAGCAGCGGCCGAUGCGGAUGGAAGUGUAGGGCGAAAGGGCGAGGCUUCAGGAGAUGGAGGGAAAGAUUUUGACCGCAAGUCAGAGGACGAUAGGGAGAGCAGGGCGUCCUCGAAGAAAGAAAAGGCAAAGGCCGACCCUGUGUGUGACCUCCCGAGGAAGGAGUAUGCGAGCAAGGAGGAGGCGAUGGAGGACUUCAAAGGUCUGCUCAACGAUAAGGUGACGUCCCACAAGGUGACGUGGAACGAAGUCCUGCCGGAGCUGCAGCUGGACGUUCGCUUCAAAGCUCUCAAGAGCACGGGCGAGAAGAAGAACGUGUUUGAGAACUUCAUCGCUAAGAAGCAGAGGGACUGGGUGGACCAGGAGAGGAUCAGGAAGAAGACGGCCAAGGACGAGUUCAACGUCCUGCUGCGAGAGUCCUCCUUCAUCACCCACACUUCGAGGUUCAGAGACAUCCAGGAUCGUUUGAGCAAGGACCCUCGGUUCGGCAAGGUCGAGAGCGAGAGGGAGAGGGUGGAACUGUUCGAGGACCACAUCCUUGAGCUGGAGAAGAAGGAGAAGGAGAAGCUGAAGGCGGCUCGCAGCGAGAACCUUGCCAACUUCCGUGCCCUUCUCUCCGAAGUACCAGAGCUGACGUCGAAGAUGCGGUGGACGGACGUGAAGAGUCUGAUCAAGGAAGACCCUCGCUACCUCGCGCUUGAGGGAGACGACAAGUACCGGCUGGACGCGUUCGACGAGUACAUGGGCGAGCUGGCGACCAAGGAGGCGGAGGAGAAGGAGGUCCAGAAGGAGAUGAGGAGGGCUGCAGAGAAGGAGCAGCGGAUAGCGUUCAACGCGCUGAUGCAGGAGUGCCACGAGAAAGGUCUGCUCAAGGCGACCACGAGGUGGAAGGAGCUCAGAGAGAACGAGGCAGUGGCCAAGGAUGAGCGUUUCUUGGUGAUGGUGGAGCAGAGCAAGACGAGGGCACAGGAGCUGUUCGAGGACUUCAUCGAAGAGCUACUGGUCAAGUACAAGGCGGACAGGCCGAGGCUCAAGGACGCUUACAAGGCCGCGGAGCUGCUGGACAUCUCCAAGUGCACCAUCGAGGAGUUCGAGCAGGCGAUGAGAUCUCACGAGGCUGUAAAGGGCGUGUCUGAUGAGCACGUCAAGCUCUUCUACCAUGAGCUGAAGAAGAUGGCGCAGGAGGAGGUGGAGAAGAAGGAGAAGAAGCAAAAGCGAGCAGAGAAAGACUUUGCGAGGUUGCUCAGCAAGUACGUCGAGAGAGGCAAGAUCGCAGCCGGCGCUACGUACAAGGAAGCUGAAAAGGUCUGCGGGGAGAGAAGCGCAUGGGUGGAAGUGGCAGACGAGAAAAGGACAGAGCUGUUUGACAAGAUCAUGGAGGCGAUCGGCAAGGACGACCUUUACGACGACGACGACAGGUCACGAUCGGCUUCUCCUGCGCGUGAGAAGAGGGAGAAGCGGGCGAACUCGAUAUCCGCCGAGGACGAGGAAAGGGAAGCGAAGAGAUCGCGCGUGGAAGACGAAUGAUGAGUUUCAACUUCAUGUACAUCUUGUAUUCAUUCCUCGUCCUCUUUAUCUCCUCGUCCUCGUCCUCGUCCUCCUCGUCCUUUCCUCUACAUCAUACCCGACACUCCUCUGACCCCCAGUCCUCCUCGCUUUCCUCUCUAUCCACUCUGUUGACUUGCUACACCUACGCGCCCUUCCCGUCCCUCACGGCUCGAUAUCUAUUAAAGAAUAUUGUUUUG